CCGAGGACCGAACCGAGCCAGCCUGGGCCGAGGGGAGCCCCAGAGCGAGCCCCGCGCCCCGCCUUGGCGAGCCACGCCACGCCCCCUCCCCUAUAGGGCAGGCCGGCGAGCGGCAGCGGGCUGGCGCGGAGGGUCCCCUUGCCCUGCGCCUGCGCGGUCCCCCCCUGCCUUUCCCCCACUCCGAUCAGCCGCGGCGGCUCCCCCCCCCCCCUCCACCGGCUCUCCCCCGGCCGUGAGACGAACAGGCGAUCCCAGACCUUGCGGGCGAGGAUCGGAGGAGGAAGAAGAGGAGGAGGAAGAGCAGGUUGCCACUGCGGCUCAGCGCCCGUCCGAGCGCCAUCCUCCGCCUCCCCCGUAGACGGAGCGCAUCAUGCACUGGCUGGAGACGGCGGCUCCCGGCGGCAGCCUGCGUGGAUGUUGCUACUCCUAGCUCGGAUCGUCUCGCCGGAGGAAGGACGGAGGAGCGGCCUCGAAGGACUUUGGAGACGCUUGCUCCCAAGUGGUGUGAUGAGAAAUGGCUUUGGGGAACAACACGCAGCGCAGUUACUCCAUCAUCCCGUGCUUCAUUUUUGUCGAGCUCGUCAUUAUGGCCGGAACCGUUCUGCUCGCCUACUAUUUCGAGUGCACGGACACGUUCCAGGUGCACGUCCAGGGGUUCUUCUGCCAGGACGGAGAUCUGAUGAAACCUUACCCAGGAACGGAGGAUGAAAGCUUCAUUUCCCCACUGGUCCUUUACUGCGUGCUGGCCACAACUCCCGCAGCAAUUAUUUUUAUUGGAGAGAUAUCCAUGUAUUUCAUCAAGUCUACCAGACAAAGCCUGAUUGUCCAGGAGAAAACCAUUUUGACGGGAGAAUGCUGUUACCUGAAUCCAUUACUUCGGAGAAUUAUUCGAUUUAUAGGAGUGUUCGCCUUUGGCCUUUUUGCCACCGACAUAUUUGUAAAUGCCGGCCAAGUUGUGACAGGCAACUUGGCACCCUAUUUCUUAACUGUGUGUAAACCCAACUACACUGGGAGUGACUGCCGGGCUCAUCAUCAGUUUGUAAACAAUGGGAAUAUCUGCACUGGAGACCAAGAUGUGAUCGAGAAGGCAAGGAGAUCCUUUCCAUCCAAACAUGCUGCUUUAAGCAUUUAUUCAGCCUUAUAUGCUACGAUGUACAUCACUAGUACAAUCAAGACGAAGAGCAGUCGGCUAGCCAAGCCAGUGUUGUGCCUGGGGACUCUUUGUGCCGCAUUCCUCACCGGGCUCAACCGAGUUUCCGAGUAUCGAAACCACUGCUCAGAUGUUAUUGCAGGCUUCCUCUUGGGAAGUGCAGUAGCUCUCUUUCUGGGAAUGUGUGUGGUCCAUAACUUCAAAGGAACGCACGGAGCUCCUUGUAAAUCAAAGCCAGACGAACAGCGAGGGAUGCCGCUGAUGGCGUUUCCAAGAGUGGAAAGUCCUUUGGAAACAUUGAGUGCGCAGAACCAUUCCGCCUCUAUGACUGAAGUCACCUGAUCGACAAGACUACAAGAGAAGCUAUUUUUUAAUCGCCCUCCAGUACAAUACUCCCGAGACAUCACACAGUUAUACUCAGUGUCAGACUGUGACGACCAGUAUUAUGUUAUGUCUAGUUAGAAGCUAAUGUUUUGUACAUUUUUGUAUGAGGAAGUGAUGUAGCUUGCCCUGGAAUUCCCCCCCACCCCCCUUUUUGGUCAGCUUUAAUAUAUUUAUGCCAGAAUUUAAGAAAAAAAGAAAAGAAAAAAAAGAGAGAGAGAGACCUUUUUCUUGUUUAUAAUGUGUUCUGAGGCGCUACAUCUUUGGGAAUUGUUGAUGUUUUGUGAUAUUUGUACACAGGCCAUUUUUUUUUUGGUUUUGUUUUAUAUACACAAUAAAUUAAAUGAUAAUUAUAAUACUAAAA